GCGCGAGUAGAGGAGAAGCGGCCCUGUCCGUGCUGUAGUUGCCCGUGCUGCAUCAAGUACUUCCUGGUGGUCAUGUCUAUCCUCUCCUCGUCCUCCUGGAUCUUGUGGCAGCUGAUCUCUAAAAAUCUUCCCGAGGCUCGGGAUCUGUGAUCCCUCAAUAGUUUUUCCAUUUUCAUGGCGGCAAGCGCUUGUUUCUCUGCUGGAGCGGUGAUAUUACGGGAUCGAGCCCGCAUUUCUUCGAUAUCGGCUCCAAGAUCUCUCUAUAGCAGCAAGAACGGGCUCAUAUUCCAGUCGCACAAAUCUCGGAGCUUCACCGAGAAUCGGUCGCGAUCAGCUCGCGGAGUUCCCGCGGCCAGGAGUUUUGGAGAUCUGCCCGUGGAAGAGGGCGAUGGCGUGUGGAUCCAAAGGCUUGAAGCCAUUGGAGGUGUGCUCUCGUCCUUGUUCCCGGUCUGGGUCGGGAUCGCCUGUGUGGCGGCAUUGGUCAGGCCGAGCGCGUUCUUGUGGAUCAAGGGGCAGCUCCAGAUGGUCGGGAUCACGAUCACGAUGCUUGGAAUGGGAAUGACUCUUUCGAUCGAUGAUCUCAAAGGAGCUUUGUCGAUGCCACGGGAAGUUGCUGCUGGAGUGUUCUUGCAAUACACGAUCAUGCCACUAACAGGAGCUACCGUAGCUCGUGUUCUGGGAUUGCCAUCUCACUAUGCCGCGGGUCUCGUGCUAGUAUCUUGCUGCCCAGGAGGAACUGCGAGUAACGUUGUUACAUACCUUGCAAGGGGCAAUGUUGCGCUUUCAGUUAUUAUGACAGCGAUCAGCACAUUCUUAGCAGUGGUAAUGACGCCUCUCUUGACGGCCAAGCUCGCUGGACAAUACGUCGCUGUUGAUGCAAACGCUCUCGUGUUGUCAACGUUGCAGGUGGUGCUUUUGCCGGUCCUGACAGGAGCUGGGAUGGCGCACUAUCUCCCUGGACUCGUUCGGAUUCUAUCGCCCUUAGCUCCAACAGUUGCAGUGGUUACGAUUGCCGCAGUUUGUGCCGGUGCAAUCGCGCAGAGUGCUGCAGCAAUCACCACCACGGGUGCUCAGAUUUUCGUGGCGGUCGCAAUGCUGCAUGCUUCUGGAUUUUUGCUUGGAUAUCUAGCUGCCAAAGUCAUAAGGUUUAGCGAAUCCACAGCUCGGACAAUAUCAAUCGAGGUUGGCAUGCAGAACUCGGUACUGGGAGUGGUUCUUGCAAACCAGCACUUUACCAGUCCAUUGACUGCUGUCCCUUGUGCAAUUUCCAGCGUCUGUCACUCCGUGUUUGGCAGUGCCCUUGCUGGUUUUUGGCAAGCUUCUUCUCAGGGACCAUCCGAGAGUUGAGGUUUCUAGCUAAGUUAUGGAAUGGCACAAAGCCGAGUGGUCUUAC